AUGAAAGAAGCCAUUAUUGACAAGACGGUCUCAGUCAUCAUCCGCGAUGUUGACAUCCCCACUCCUCAACCUGGCCAGGUCCUCAUCCAGGUAGUGGUGUCGGGUACUAACCCGAAGGACUGGAAACGCCCUAAGCGGCAACCAAACAAUGCUGCCAUAAACCAGGGAGACGAUAUCGCGGGGUAUGUGGAGGCAGUGGGAGAAGGCGUCCGGAACUUCCGCAAGGGAGACAAAGUAGCCGCAUUCCAUGAGAUGGGCAGCCCACAUGGCAGUUAUGGUGAAUACGCCAUUGCAUGGGAGUACUCGACAUUCCAUCUCACCGAAAAGACCAGCUUCGAAGAGGCUGCUACUAUCCCCCUUGCUGCGAUGACCGCUGCAUUGGGCUUAUAUCAAAAGCUAAAAUUGCCUCUGCCUUGGACUCCCGCCGAUAAACCCACUCCGCUGGUUGUGUACGGCGGUGCCUCAGCAGUUGGCGCAUUUGUGAUCAAGUUCGCUCAGCUAUCGAACAUUCACCCGAUCAUUGCUAUCGCAGGCAAAGGUGCUCCCUUCGUCGAGACGUUGAUCAGCAGAGAAAAGGGAGACACGAUUAUUGAUUAUCGUGAAGGCGACGACGCCGUCUCCUCGGGGAUUAAGGCUGUCGGCAAGGGGACACCCAUUCGCCACGCCUACGAUGCUGUGUCUGAGAAAGGAAGUUAUUUGAAUCUCGGUGCUGCGCUCGAUGCGCCUGGAAAAAUCGCUGUUGUUUUACCUGCGGGGGUUGAUGAGGCGCGAGAACAAAUUACCAUCCAUCGGACUAUGGUCGGGUCUGUUCAUCAGCCCCCUGCUGAAGGCCAGUCGCUUGGUGAUAAGGAGUUUGCAGCUGCUCUUUUCCAAUUCAUUGGUCGAGGUUUAGCACAGGGUUGGUUCUCAGGCCACCCAUAUGAAGUGAGAGAAGGCGGACUGGGAGGUCUUGAGGGCGCAUUGAAAGAUCUGGAGGCUGGCAAGGCAUCUGCGGUAAAAUAUGUGAUAAAGAUUUCCGAGAAUGAGGGAGUCAAGCAGUAG